UAAACAGUUGAUUCUGCAGAGAUAAGGUCUGGGAAGAAGAAGAAGAAGAAGAAGAAGAUGGAGUUGUUAGGAAUAAGAGUUGAAGAAUUCAAGAUUAUUUAUACCAUUUUGGGUAUAUUGGUUGGAGGUCUGGUGUAUUUGUAUAGACCAUACUGGGUUGUGAGAAAAGUCCCUGGCCCUCCAGUUCUGCCCCUUGUAGGACACCUUCCCUUGCUGGCUAAGUAUGGCCCUGACGUUUUCACUGUCCUCGCCAAACGAUACGGCCCUGUCUUCAGGUUUCAUAUGGGGAGGCAACCACUGGUGAUCAUAGCAAACGCAGAGCUUUGUAGAGAAGUUGGGAUCAAGAAAUUCAAAGAUUUUCGUAACAGAAGCACUCCAUCACCUGUCUCUGCAUCCCCUCUGCAUCUCAAAGGCCUGUUCUGGACAAGGGAUGGAAGAUGGUCAACGAUGAGAAACAGUAUAGUGUCAUUCUACCAGCCAUCUCACCUGGCUGAGCAGCUUCCUACAAUGCAAUCCCUUAUAGAAUCUGCAACUAGGAAUCUUGAUUCCAAAGGGGACUUGAACUUCUCUGAUCUUUCCCUCAAAUUAGCCACAGAUGUUAUUGGGCAGGCUGCUUUUGGGGUUGACUUUGGGCUGUCUAAACCCAAAGUGCACAAACUUGACAGUGGAGUUGAAGAAUUCAUCAAUCAACACAUCUACUCCACAACACAGCUCAAAAUGGACACAUCAGGCUCCUUCUCCAUCAUCUUGGGCUGGCUUGUUCCAAUCUUGAUGGAACCGUUUCGCCAAAUACUCAAGAGGAUACCCGGCACGAUGGACUGGAAAAUAGAGAGAACCAACAAGAAUUUGAGCAGACGCCUGGACGAUAUUGUAGCGAAGAGAAUGGAAGAAAAGGAGAGUGGCUCUAAAGACUUCUUGACCCUUAUUCUCAGUGCACUGGAGUCUAAGAGAGUGUCAAAGAAUAUAUUUACCAUGGACUACAUUAGUGCUCUAACUUUUGAGCAUUUGCUGGCUGGAUCAGCAACAACAUCCUUCACACUCUCUUCCAUUAUCUAUCUGGUUGCUAGCCACCCGCGAGUCGAAAAGAAGUUGGUUGAAGAGAUAGAUGGGUUUGGCCCUGAUGAUUUGGUUCCCAGUGCCCAUGAUCUUCAAACAAAAUUUCCCUAUACUGAUCAGGUAAUCAAAGAAGCAAUGAGAGUUUACACACUUGCCCCAUUGAUUGCUAGAGAAACAUCAGCUCCGGUGGAGAUUGGAGGAUACAGCCUCCCAAAGGGGACAUGGGUUUGGCUAGCUAAUGGAGUUUUGGCUAAAGAUCCGAUCAACUUUCCUGAACCGGAAAAGUUCAGACCAGAGAGGUUUGAUCCAAACUGCGAAGAACAAAAACGGAGGCAUCCUUAUGCACACAUUCCUUUCGGAAUAGGGCCUAGAGCAUGCAUAGGAGAGAAGUUUUCCCUGCAGGAAACCAAACUCACACUAAUACAUUUAUAUAGGAACUACACAUUUCGACACUCCCCUCUAAUGGAGAAUCCUCCGGAGAUUGAGUAUGGCAUAAUUCUCAACUUCAAGCAUGGUGUCAAGAUUCAAGCCAUCCCACGUUCAUGAACCCACACUUAGCUUCCACCUCCAAUAUGUUUGUGCUACUUUUGUUCAAUGAAUAUAUUUUUGCUUUUAAAUUUUCUCACUUAAAUUUAUGUGAUUUGUG